AUGCAGUCCGCACAAAACCUGCUCCAACAACCACUCCGAGAGCUGGCAAUCGGCGGCAACCCAGUUCCUGCUUCUAUGCAGGUAGUCAUUGUUUUGACCAAGCGAGAAGGCCCCAACGUUUCUGCAGCAAGUAUGCUUGCCAAUUUCCAUGAAGUUGCCGAGACCUGGGGGAUUACAGUUCUCGAUCUACGUCAAAGGUGUGGCCUUUCCGACAUGGUCACCUUCGAACCACUCCGCAACCUUAUUCGUGAGCACCUAGCCACCAUUCGUACUCAGCAAGACUCUACUUAUUGUCGUUUCUCGGUAUCUCAUAUCGGCGUAUUGACGGCGAUCGAUAUCUUCUUCAACAACUCUUCUUGGUUCGCGUCUGCGUUCAACUUGAUGCUCACCGGCCUCUAUGACUCGGUAAGUCUGUCGCAAACCCUGAAGGAGGCGGUCACCCCGGAGCGUCGUAUAUUUGAUGUUGCCACGGCUAGCCCUGUAGGAUGCCGGGUUGCCGUCGUGGCAAGUCGUACGUCCGACGGAAAGGCCUGCGUGUUGGCAAAUUACCGAGGCAUCGGUCAGCGCAGUGCGAAGGCCGCCUACCAGUUCUUGGUCCCCAACAGCAGUCAAGAAAAUCCUUCCUUGUCGGAUGUAGCCAUGUGUAGUGUUGCGGCUCCCUUACGCUUGCUAGGUUUCGUCCCUUUGCAAGACGGCGGGGUCCGCGCGAAUAAUCCGCUUGCUAUUGCGUUAAGGGAGUCGGGCAUCAUUUGGCCUAGCUCGAAACGACACGAUCUCCUAUUAUCGGUAGGAACAGGGGUUUCCACGACUAGCCCCGAUCAUGACUCACGAUAUGGCAAUGCCUGGGAUGGAGCUCUCCCUCGACUAUUCCGCGCCAUGAUGUCCUCCCCUUCUAUGGAUGGACAGCAAGGAUUUUUUGAAGCCCUGAACUACCUACCGCAUCACUCGAAACUAGAUGUAUUCCGACUCGAUCAAGCCAUCUAUGGUCCACUCCCCGAACUGGACGAUAUUAGCGCGCUGGAGGAGUUCUCCAAGAUGAAUUUUGUGGUUCUAGAUGAGCUCGUGAGAACCAUUCUCGCAUUAGCAAUGUUCUUCUUCGAAUUAGAUGCAACUCUAGUUCCUAGCCACGUUGGAUAUCAUUGCGAAGGGUCCAUCCUUUGUUUACGACCUGGAGCCGGCGAGAUCCUCGCCCGUGUCUUAGUUGAGACCCCUGGUGCGAAAUUUUAG